UAAAAUGCACAAAGCCGCAUCAGAAACCCUGGAGAGGCCCCCAACAAUGGAGUGGCAACACCACCUUACGGCGCCGCAGUAAGCAACUCGCAACGACAACAACCUCCUCCUUCACAGGUUAGGGUUAUCAACAAUUUUUCUCCUUUUCCGCAUAUUCAUCAUUUUUCUCUACACUUUCGAUUUAAAACAGGGGAAACACUUAUUUUCUUUCGAUCACCGAAAAUGUCAAGGUGCAUACCAAUGGAUCAACUAAAUCUUGCCACAUUCCACACCAUUCCCUGUUGCCAAUGCGCAUCUCCACUCGAACUAAACACCGCUAACAUGUGUGUCAAAUGUUUACGCUCAAAAACCAAUAUCACAGAAGGUUUACUCAAGAAACUUAGACUAACACAUUGCACCGAAUGCGAAUGCUAUUUACAACCCCCCACUUGGAUCAAACUAAUACCACAAUCAAAACAGUUUCUUGCAUUUUGUUUGAAGAAACUAGAACAGAAUAUGAAAUUCAAGAGAGUUAGGUUAGUACAUGCUGAAACCCUUCCAUCUGAACCCGACUCGAAAAUUAUCAAAAUCAAGGUUUUUGUUCAGAAAGAGGUUAUAAAUGGAACAAUAUUGGAACAGUCUUAUGUUGUUGAGUAUGUUCAAUAUAAUCGUAUUUGUGAAGAUUGUACUCGGGUGAAUGCGAACGCUAAUCAAUGGAGUGCUGUUGUGCAGUUAAGACAACAUGUUUCGCAUAUGCGCAGUAUAUUUGAUUUGGAACAGGCUAUUUUGAAACAUGGUGUUGGUAGGAAUGUUGUGAGAAUCAAAAAGAUGAAACAAGGUAUUGACUUUUUUUUCGAUAGAGAAAGUUGUGCUAAGAAGUUUGUUGAUUUUGUAAAGGCACAGGUUCCUGUGAAGAUUUGUAAUGGUAAGGAGCUUGUUUCUCGUGAUAAGAAGAGUAAUGAUUAUAAUUAUAAAUACACUUUUUCUGUUGAAAUUUGUCCUGUUUGUCGUGAGGAUUUGAUUUUUCUGCCUCCUAAAGUUGCUUCGAGUUUGGGAAAUAUCGGUCCUAUUGUGGUUUGCACUAGGGUUACCAACACAAUUGCUUUGUUUGAUCCGAUUACCUCGGGACGCUGUUUCUUAGUUGGUGAUGUGUAUUGGAGGGCACCCUUUAAGUCUUUACUCACUAGCAAAGAGUUAGUGGAAUAUGUUGUGCUUGAUGUCGAGGAGGUUCAUUCAGAGGUUACUGUGGAUGGCAAAAAGUUCGGUUUGGCUAAUGUUGAGGUUGCUCGUGUGAAAGAUUUUGGAAAGAAUGACACGAGAUUUAAUAUCAAGACUCAUCUGGGUUAUCUUUUGAAAUUUGGUGACCAUGCUUUUGGUUAUGACUUGUGUGGGGUGAAUAGUGGUGAUAGUGAGAUUGAAUUGGCGGAGUACAUAGGAGGUGGUGCAAUUUUAAUAAAGAAGAGGUAUGAAGAGAAACGCCAUAAGAAACGCGGGAAGCGUCAGUCGUGCUCAAAAGAUCUAGAAGGAAUCUAUGAUAAGAUGCUCGGCUUAUCAUUAGGUGGUGAAGAGCUGCCUUAUGAUCUAUUAGAGGAGCAGCUGAGUGGUCUAAGUCUUCAUUUGAAUGAUGAGGAAUCUGAGGCGAAGAGUAAGAAGGUGAGGAGGAUAACCGAUUGAAUUAACAAAAUUCACUUCUAUCCUGACAAGCUGAUAUAGUAAUUUAGGGAAUUUUGGCUUUUGUUUAUGUCUAGGCUAUCGUUUUUCUGUUUAGGUUGUUUUAAUUUGCAACAUCUCUUGAUGCACUUUUUGGAUUAUGUUAUGUUCUGUGGCAAAAACAAGUAUAACUGUCAGUAAGAAGUGUUCCAUAUGAUGCAAAAUAUGUAGGCAGUAAAUUGAGCCUUCAAUACCAUAAA